GUCAGCAGCCUGUUCAGACUGUGAUUGUGUGUGAAAUCGACAUGGUAGAACACGUGACACAAAAUUUGAUGGAUAAACUUCAUUAUAUUUAAUUAUUCUUUUUCGGAGUGAUUAACAAUUUUAUGAAUGUACUUUUUCUUAUUUUCUGUACCUCGUGUUUCGUGUUUAGUGGUCUAGUGUAAAUGGGAGUAUGCAAUCACGCUGAAUCAUAAAGUAGUCCGGUGCCAUAUUUGAGGCAUGUAUUGAUCCGCUGAACCUUAGUGUACGCUUAUGCAUACGCAGUCAGCAAACUAAGUUCAAGAAAAACAGAUACUGGACGGAAACUGAUUGCUUUCAGAAUGAGAAACAAAAUAAGAAGGUAUCUGCUUGUCCUUUGUUUAAUAAUGUGUCUUACCUCAUUAUACAUUUUAACAAGUGUGACUGGAAAAUAUCGCAUUAAAGAAGAUAUCGGCAAGAGGACAGAAUGUAUCAAUGAUCGAGACGACGGUCGGCAAUACAAAUAUGAUGCAAACGUGAAGAAGAACCUUUCAUUUGUAACCUCUGACAUGGAAGCAAUGUAUCAAGAAAGAAGAAACCGAAUGUUGAAAGCAUGUGUUGGUCGUGAGGCUGAAAUGAAGGGAAAGAAAACAGCAAAAUAUGUGAAAAACAAUAUAAUAAUUGAUCAAGUGUUGGGAAUAGCCUAUUGUCCAGUAGAAAAGAUUGCUUCGACAUUCUGGAAACGUGUUUUGCGGCUUGUGGUUGGUGAAGCACACGCUAAAUCGCCUUUUGACAGCACAGUAAUUGCACUGGCUAAUUUCAAUAACCUGACUAGUAUUCCGGAAGGCAUGGUCGAUAGAUUCAUGAAGGAAUCCCUAACAUUUAUGUUUGUCCGUGAGCCGUACGGUCGAUUGUUAUCAGCCUAUGUAGAUAAGCUUUUUUCACCAAAUUUGCUCUUCUGGAAAAUAUAUGGCGGCUUUGGAGUACACGUUACGCGGAAUGAAUCAACUGAAUGUGGACAUAACUUAACAUUUAAAGAGUUUGUAAAAACAGUCUUAUACGCAGAUGAAGUCAACCAGAAAAGAAAUGGACAUUUUACCCCUUCUUAUGAGCAUUGUGAUCCUUGUCGGUACAAAUGGCAGGUGAUCGGUACUUUGGACAGCCUUUCUCAGGAUAUUUUCUAUAUUCUGGAUCGCAUAGGUAGAACAGAUUUGAUGCGAUCCCUAAACAAGGAUUUUCGAGAGCAAUAUUUGAACGACACAAUAGUAGACCAGUUUAAUUGGUUAUUUUAUUUCCGGGAUAGCUAUGCUAAUGAUUGUAAAGUAACGUUCUAUGAGGCUCAAAAAAGACUCUGGAAACAAUUUCAAAUCCGUGGUGUUCUCACAAAAGAAUCGGAAUUUCCCCUCACUACCGAAGAGAGUGAGGGUCUCACAAAGACCAAACUAAUGAGUAUUGUGUAUAAUGCGAUGGGGAAUGCGGAGAAACGGUCCAAAGCAAGAAAAAACAAAGCAGAAGCUUUUAAAGAGGCGUACUCCACGUUAGACAGGGAAGAUUUAGAUAAGCUUAGUAAAAUGUUCCAACCGGACUGUGAUUUGUACGGAUAUGACUGUCAACCAGAGCAAUUGUUCAACACAGAAAGGACUGUAAUUGAACCAUGGUUCUUUAAAUAUGAUACGUAACAUUCGUACCCUCAUAAAGUAAUAGUGCUUAUGUUAGUUUAUACUUUUGGUGUAAGUAUGGGUAAUUUUGGUAUAAGUAUUGGGGAAACAUGGCUUGAUAAAAAAAAUGUAUUUCAUCUCAGCAGUCAAAACACACCCUAAGGAGUAAGUGUUUAUAAUAACCUUAUGAUUUAUUUCAUAAUGUAUCUUUGAUUCCAGUUUUUAUGUUAUAUGCAGUUGUUCAUUCUGUACGUUUGGUAAAUCCGAUGGUUUUGUUGGGCUUUGGUGAGUCCCGCAAGAUUUCAAUCGGUGUCGUCUGCUUGUUUGCUCGACACAAUAACGUAGUCAAAUAGUAUAUUUUAUUAUUUUGUACUUCAUUAUACUUCAUUAUAUAUUGUACCAACUGUAUUAAUAUGAAUGAUAGUAAAGAUGAUAUCGUGCAACUAGCCAUAAUUUUGUCUGGUAUUUGACGUGUUGUGUUUUGAAGGAUCUGGUUAGCACAGGGUCUUGUCUAAUUUAUUAUUCGGUGGUAUAGAUCAAUUGUAAUUUUACUAUGUAUGUAAUGUUGAUGGCAUACUGUUCAUAUAAAAGAAGCCUUAACUAAUAGACAAAAUGAUAUGAUUGAGUUGUACUAGUAAAAUGGCUAUUGUUUAGCUCGAACAUUUUUUGUCAGUUUUAGAUAAUUACCAUUGUUUGACCUAGUUAGUUUUCAGUAAUCUUAUGAGUGUUUUAUUUGUUUCGUUUUGUAGUUUUUCACCCUCUCGCGAGUUGUGUGAAGUAAAUUCCUCUACGAGAUGGAAACAAUUAAGGAAAUAUUCGUCGGCUAUUUUCGUCCUUUAGUUAUUCAACAUCACACAUUACGAUUCGGUGUCACAUAUGGCUGACUCCACAGUCUCGACCACGGUGGCCUAGUCGCGUAACACAUAUACACACAACAUACACAAAACAUAUAAAAAAAAACAUGGACAAUUUCCAUAGCGAAGGUGCAGGGCUUGUUGGAUAUCAAGGUUAGAUGUUUGGUUUAAACUUUGUUUUAUUCAAAUUUUGUUUGACAAUACAUCGAAGUACAUGUUUUAUAGAACAGAAAAGGAAACAAAAACAAGUGUCGUUACACUUAUGUAAAAUGUCUGGAGUAUUUUGAUAAAACAUUUUAUGGAAUUGUAACGAUUUAUGAUGGAGUCUACGGUCUAUUAAUUUAUUCCAUCCAACUUCUGUACAUAGUUUGUCUAAGCUUACAAGUUUAGAAGCAUCUGAAACAAUCCUAGCAGCUUCCAAAUUAACAUUCUCUAGUUUAGAAAUACAUUCUUUGGGAAUUUUAUACCAGACAGUAUCAGCAUAUUCUACAAGUGUGCUAAUACACGAAAAAUAUAUAUUUUGUAAUGUUUGCCUGUCGAGUUUAAAUUUUAGAGAUUGUAUAAUAUUUAAUAUAGACG